AUGGACGUGUUCCAUCGUGGUCUCCUUGGCUUCCUCGCUGGCUUUACCAUUGCGUCCGGUAUUGGUUUGUACUGGAUACGUCUAGAGUACACAAAAGCUGCCAAUGAAGUACUGCACAGCAGUGAGCACCUUACUCACACUGCACUGAAUGUUACACAGUACUUGGAGCGCAUCGCCAAGCUGGAGGCGCGCUUGGAUGAACUGGAUAAAGUUCUAAUAACCCGGGAAGAAGUUCAGGGCGCUUGGGACUCGCAUCGUAAGCUCUACGAAGACUUGUAUGAGGAAAACUUGGGUCUGCGAGAACGCAUGUGGAAGCUUGAACACGAAAUUUUUGCGACACGCAAGCAUUUCGAUGAGCCUGCCUGGGCCCCCAGGGAUGACAAGGUCCUUCGUUUACCCCCUGUACGCCUAGUAUAA